AUGGCUUUCUUCUUCAACCGUGGUCGAUCCCGACAUCCUUCUGAUAUUGUCCGAUCAAUCAAAGAUCAGUUGGUGAGGCUGCGUGAAGCUCCACCUGCUACUGCUAAGGUGGAAGAUGAGCUGGCUAAACAACUUAGCCAGAUGAAAUUGAUUGUCCAAGGAACUCAAGAAAUCGAAGUGUCUCCCGAACAAGUGCACACGUUGGUUCAGGCUACUCUCCAUGAAGAUUUACUAUACGAACUUGCGAGAAGCCUCUAUAUUUUACCCUUUGAAGCCCGAAAGGACACCCAGACCAUAUUUUCGCAUAUUCUUCGUUUCAAGCCCGGCAAUCCAAACCAGGCCGAUCCGCCGGUUAUUUCCUAUAUUGUCCACAACCGACCAGAGGUCAUUAUCGAGCUAUGUAAGGGCUAUGAACACAGUCAAAGCGCAAUGCCGUGUGGCACCAUUCUGAGGGAAGCGUUGAAAUUUGACGUCAUUGCGGCGAUCAUCCUAUAUGACCAGUCAGAUGAUGGGGAGCCGGCCAUCAGACUCAGCGAAGUCCAGCCCGGUGUUCCACAAACCGGAAAUGGGAUUUUUUGGAAUUUUUUCCACUGGAUAGAUAGAGGGACCUUCGAGUUAAGUGCGGAUGCUUUCACAACUUUCAGAGAAAUUUUGACUCGACACAAAUCCUUAGUGACAGGAUAUUUGGCAACGAAUUUUGACAGUUUCUUUGAUAAAUUCAACAGUGUACUCGUUCAGUCUGACUCGUACGUCACCAAGCGACAGAGCAUCAAACUCCUUGGGGAAAUUCUGCUGGACCGUGCCAACUAUAAUGUGAUGAUGGCGUACGUUGAGAGCGGGGAAAAUCUCAAGCUUUGCAUGAAGUUAUUACGAGAUGACCGGAAAAUGGUUCAAUAUGAGGGGUUCCACGUGUUUAAGGUGUUUGUCGCAAAUCCGAAUAAGUCCGUGGCGGUGCAACGCAUUCUGAUCAACAAUCGAGACCGGCUUCUGAAAUUCUUGCCUAGAUUCUUGGAGGAUCGCACCGAUGAUGAUCAGUUUACUGAUGAGAAAAGCUUCUUGGUCCGCCAAAUUGAACUUCUACCCAAAGAACCUAUUGAUCCGGCCCGCUCAGCGCGCGAACCAUCUCGGCCGGGUAUCAAUACGGCCGCUGUGGCUUAG